AUGGAUUCCAAGCGUAAAAAAGGGAUGUCUGCUGGAGGUUUCCCAGCCUCCCAGUCCAAAAAGAAAAAAUCAGACUUGGAUGAUGAUGAUGGCCCCUCGCAGUUUGAAGAGGAACUGGCAUUCUUGGAUGAAGUUGAAGCAGAUAUGGCCUUAGAAAUGAAUGAAUGAAGCAUAUUCUGAUGCAGAUGCGUUGCCUAUUGUGAAACUGUCAGACAAGAUUUCACCAAAGUGGCUCCGGCCUUCUCUACCCUCUAUUGAUGCUCUUAAAGAUUCUGUGUGCUUUCAUCAGAUUGAACUGGACUAUUAUGUUGGAAUACAUUUGCCUGGUAUGCUGGGAGCCACGCACGGACCCGUCCCCAUAAUUCGGGUGUUUGGUAUCACAGCAGAUGGCAACAGUGUAUGCUGCCACAUUCAUGGCUUUGCUCCCUACUUCUAUGUACCCUGCCAGAUUGGUUUUAAGCAGGAAAGUUUAAGUGACUUCAAAAAGGAGCUGAAUAAUGCUGUGGUCAAGGACAUGCGCUCUAAUAAAGACAACAUAUCGCAGGCUGUUCUGGCUGUUGACAUCUGUAUGAAAGAGAAUAUGUAUGGAUACCAUGGGAAGCGGAGUGCAUCCUUCCUGAAGAUUACAAUGGCCCUUCCACGCCUAAUUGCACCUGCCAAACGUCUCUUAGAACAGGGUUUGCGGUUCGGGAACUUCCCAACACAUUGCUACCAGGCCUAUGAAGCCAACAUUGACUUUGAAAUCAGGUUUAUGGUGGACAAUGACAUUGUUGGGUGUAACUGGAUCGAACUCCCCGCUGGCAAAUACCGAAUUCGAAAAGAAAGCCAGGGAGAGCUGACUAAAGAUAAUACCAUUAAGGUGUCUCUUGCUCAGCUGGAGGUUGAUAUUAGCUGGGCAGAUCUUAUAAGUCACCCGGCUGAGGGUGAGUGGCAGAAGAUUGCUCCUCUUCGUGUGCUCAGCUUUGAUAUAGAAUGUGCAGGGAGGAAAGGUGUGUUUCCUGAGCCGGACAAAGACCCAGUUAUUCAAAUAGCUAACAUGGUUCUAAGGCAAGGGGAGAAAGACCCUUUCAUCCGCAAUGUUUUCACUCUGAACACCUGCGCUAGUAUAGUUGGCUCUCAAGUGCUUUGCUUUGAAAACGAAGAUGCACUGUUGAAAGCCUGGGCAGAGUUUGUGCGCAUUAUUGAUCCUGAUAUCAUAACUGGCUACAAUAUUCAGAAUUUUGACUUGCCAUAUCUGAUCAACAGAGCACAGAAUCUUAAGGUUUACACAUUUCCUUUUCUAGGGAGAAUUCGAAGCAUGAAGUCUGUUAUACGGGACUCUUCCUUCCAGUCCAAGCAGAUGGGUAGACGAGAAAACAAAGUCAUUAACAUAGAGGGUCGUGUUCAGUUCGAUCUCCUGCAGGUACUUCUUAGAGACUACAAGUUGCGUUCAUACACUCUGAAUGCUGUCAGUUUCCACUUUCUGCAAGAACAGAAGGAAGAUGUACAGCACUCCAUCAUCACUGAUCUACAGAAUGGUAAUGAACAAACAAGGAGAAGGCUAGCUGUGUACUGCCUGAAGGAUGCCUACUUACCUCUUCGUCUUAUGGAGAAGCUCAUGUGUGUUAUAAAUUACAUGGAAAUGGCUCGUGUGACAGGUGUGCCUCUCAAUUACCUGUUAUCCCGUGGACAGCAAAUAAAGGUGGUCUCACAGCUCCUCAGACAGGCAAUGAAGCAAGAUCUGGUGAUGCCAGUGGUAAAAUCUGAAGGUGGUGAAGAUUACACUGGGGCUACUGUCAUUGAACCUGUGAAAGGGUAUUAUGAUGUCCCUAUUGCCACUCUUGAUUUUUCAUCCCUGUACCCAUCUAUAAUGAUGGCUCACAAUCUCUGUUAUACUACUCUGCUGCAGACUGGAUCUAUUGAAAAAUAUGGACUCAGUCCUGAAGAUUUUAUCAAGACUCCAACAGGCGAUCAAUUUGUAAAAGCAAGUGUACGUAAGGGGCUUCUGCCUGAGAUCUUAGAAAAUCUUUUGUCCGCUCGAAAACGAGCAAAGACUGAAUUGAAGAAAGAGACUGAUCCUUUUAAGCAGAAGGUUCUGGAUGGACGGCAACUGGCGCUGAAAGUGAGCGCUAACUCUGUGUAUGGGUUUACAGGAGCACAAGUGGGAAAACUGCCCUGCCUAGAAAUUUCACAGGUG